AUGACUGCUCUUAAGUGGUUUAAAAUCUCAUUUUGGCCAUCCUGUAAUAUGAAUUUAUUCUAUUGCAGACUAGUCUUAUUUAUUUGCAAUGGUUAGAUCAAGAAGAUUGGCAUCAAAAAAUAACAAAUAUUAUUGUGUAUGGCUUACUCAAAUUAGUACAUCCACACUGAAAAAUUCAAAUUUGUUUCAUAAACAUAUAUAUCUGAUUAAUUUUAAUUAUAAAAUUAUAUAAUAAAUUACUACUUACAACUUAUGAAUAGUUUAGUUAAAGAAAGAGAUCAAUCAGAAAUCAUGAUCUUGAACAACUUAGAAGUUCAAUCCUAAAUCAAAUCAUCAAUCUUCUAAUCUAAAUUACAACAAUCAAUCUAAAAUAUUAGGUAAUUGUCAAAGCCUAUCGCAAUGCAUAUCGAACCUCACAUAUUGCCUCUUCAUAAGCCGAAUUAGGAAACGCCUAUCAAAAAGUCCUAGCAUUAAAAAUUGAGUUCUGAUGGGCAUACCACUUUGACCAAGGGUACUUAAGUAGAAAAUCAAGCUGAUAGUACUCAAAAAUUAGUUCAAAACUAAUUUGACUUUAGUUAUUCUUACAGAAAGUAGGAUAGUUAGAUGAGGAAAUCGACAGAUUACCAGAGAAUCUUUGAACAUUAUCAUCAUUCGACAAUAGUUUAAAUGAUAAGUUCAUAUGAGGAGUGCUUUAACAUUUUGGUAGAAAGCAACGAAGCUUAAUUGUUGAGGAUUCCUACCAAUUUGAUUUUGGCGAUUUUAAGAGAAAGGGAGGAAUUGCAACAUCAAUGUGUUAUGCUGAGAAGGAAACUCUAUUAGUUAGACCGAGCGAGUGAAUAAUAUGAGAGAGUACAAUAAUAGCACGCAUGA